AUGGACGAAGCAUCAGAUUAUUAUUCGAAUUCAGAAAGUGAUUCUUUCACUAGCGAAUUAACUUUCCAUGAACAAGACGCAAUAUCAAAUAAAAUUAUCAAGCCUAAAAAGAAAAUUUCUGAACUUAAAGAUGUUUUCACAUUGAAAGAGGCAAGAUUGAAUAAAGAGCAAAAAACCUCUAAAAUGACAAUGAAUAAAGUGAAAAAAGGAUCAUCAAGUCGAAGUAAGGUGCAAAUAGUAGAAGAUGAAUCUUCUGAUGAUAAAGCCUUCAAAGUAAAAAUGAAUAAAGUGAAAAAGGGGCCAUUAAAUCGGAAUAAGAUGCAAAUUAAAGGGCCAUUAAAACGAAGUCGACUAGAAGAAAAUGAUACUAAAUUUUCCAGCGAUGAUCCUGAACAGGAAUCUAUGAGACUCAUAGUGGCGGAAAGACUUUAUCAUCUGUGUUCUACUACUGAAUACCAUGAUAUGCCUCUUGUUGAAAUUAACAAAUAUAUCGAUAAGUUUCGUAGAAAAAAUCCAUCCUUUCUAGCAACAGUUAGUGAUUGGGCAGAACAUGAAAUGAUUUGUCGUCAUAUCAAUUAUAAAAGAUCAACACUUAACCUUAGUGAGAUUCAGAAUAUAACCAUUGCUGCUAAUAAUAGAAUCAAAGCCUGUAAAUUGAAUGGCAACAGUAAAAAGGCUAAAAUGAAAAAACAAGCUGAUCACAACAACGAAAUUAAUUCAGCUACUGACAUUAAUAGUGAAAUGCCUGAAAUUUACGAUACAACCACUACUGCUAAGAAUAGUGAUAGAUCAAGAACCUGUAAACUGAAUGACAAUAAUAGGUCUAAAAAAGACAAACAAGUUGAUCACAAUGAAACUAAUUCAGCUAUUGAUGUUAAUAGUGAGAUGUCCAAAAUUCAAUCAAAUAACAAUAGUAGAUCUAAAAAAGGAAAACAAGUUGAUCACAGUAAAAUUAAUCCAGCCAUCGAUGUUGAUAGUAAAAUGUCCGAAAUUCAAGAUACAACUACUUCUAAUAGUAGUUCUAAAAAAGGAAAUCAAGUUGAUCACAAUGAAAUUAAUCCAGCCAUCGAUAUCGAUAGAAAACAAGUUCAUUACAAUGAAGUUAUUGAUGUCGAUAGUGAGAUGUCCGAAAUUCAAGAUACAACUACUUCUAAUGCUAAUAGUAAAACUAACUUGAAUAACAAUAGAAGGUCUAAAAAAGGAAAACGAGUUGAUCACAAUAAAGCUAUUGAUGUCAAUAGUGAGAUGUCUGAAAAUCAAGAUACAACCACUUCUGCUAAUAAUAGCGAUAGGACAAAAUUCCAUAAACCGAAUGACUAUAGUAACAAGUCUAAAAAAGAUCCAUUGUUAGCAUCUAGCAGAACAAAUAUUGAAGGUUUAAAAAAACUUGACAAACAUCCACGAAGUAAGGUCUAA